CCGUACCGAGUACUGUAAAUAAUUCAUAACCUAACUUUAAAUGUUCAGAUUGUUAUUCGGCCUUUAAUUACAAUAAAAUGCGUCUUUUUCAUUACCUUCUCGGCCGAAAGUCGCUACCGAACAGUUUUCCCUUUCGUGGAAAAAAUCGAAAAGCAAAACCGGUAACGAAAGAUGACUACUGGAAGUUGAAAACCGACUUCGAAAUCGAAGAGAAGAACAUGUUCUAUUUACGACACGCGUACCUUACCCCCGAACAGUCGGCGGGACACGCGAAAGCCUUAAAUUUACCGCAAAAACGAUUAAUGGGUCUUUUGUGUAGGAAAAGGAACUUUUACGAUAACGUCAGCAUCGAGUCACGUCUGGCGCAUUUACGCUGUAAUGAAGUAUGGGAUUAGAAGAAAAUAACGUAGUUAUGGUGCAGUCGUUUUAUCAAAAUACAUAGUGUACGAUAAGAGAUAUUCGAGCUUCUUUAAAUAUAGUUUUAGAUCUCU